GCCAAACUUGUAAUACGUGUAAUAAAAGUGCGUCGUGGAAUAAAUCAAGUAUACAAUAUCCGAGUGUGUUGGUCGAAUGUUAAGACUGUUGGUUGUAAAAUACAUGUAAAAUGGCUUGGCGAAUUGUGGUUCUUGCGUUGAUGCUGUUAAACGAGGCUUCGAGUGCACCAAAUACUCAAUCUUCCAAACGACUCGACAAACCGAAUACUUAUCCGGAAAAGUUACACUGUUUUUGUUCGAGGUAUGUGCUGCAUUAUUUCAGACUAAACGCAAUUGUCUUCAAAAAUAAAGUAGGAGUCGAUAUCGCGGACAAGAAUGAUUCUUACGCGGGUAUCAGAUCAUCUUUCGACGGCAUGGACUAUUACGACCAACUACUUCGGUCCCAGGGACAUAUCGUUAUGGCCAUGCUCGAUGAACUCAGAAAGGCCAAGUCCGAUUGCGAAACCGCCGGACGAUCUGAUGCGAGUGAAUUUGUACAUAAACAAUACGAGAGACAAUCUUCGCGUGCGUGUCGACCAAAGCGCAGCAUCAUUUCAUCAACAUAAACUCAUCAAGGGAUACAAACACUUUUACAAGACGAUGACAGAAGCGCUUUCGAAGUUCAUAAACGACGGCAAGUGCUUGAGUACACAUAAAAUCACCGACCAAGACGACGAGAACGAGCGAAACAAAUUGGAAGCGAUAAAAAAAUUGAUAAACAAGUCGCUACCGGAACUGUACGAAUUAAACAAGGCUUUGUCGAUACUGGAGGCCAACAGACAACAAUUGGAAACGAUUUUCGAGGCGACGCUCGGAGACGAAAUGUAUCUUGACUUUAAACCCGACCGUUUGCUAUUCUUGUCGUUGGUGGACUUAGAUUCGGAGUACUUGCGUAUGGUGUCUGUCGACAAAGGACAAACAAAGAAUAACUCUGCCGGCGACGAGAAAAUUAUUUUGGACGAUUCGUUGAUGGUGAGUAAAGUCCGUACAAGUUAUCAGUUUGGCGAUCGAAGUUUUGCGAGUAUAACCGACCUGUUGAUUUUGGUCCGACCCAUCUUCCACCAGGACUAUGUCAUUUCAUUCCAGCAACAUGUAAUGGCCGCUGCCUUACAACCCGUGUCGAUGUGCCUGGGUGAAUAUCUCUCGGCACUCAAGAGGUUGGUCGAUGCAGACACGACGAAACAAGACCGCAGUGUCAUUAUAAUGUACGACUCGCACACAGACAAGUUGAGGACUGGAGCCCAGGAUUUGUGUAAGCAUUUAAACUCGUUGAUAAAUUUGGAAAUGUUCCCCGAAAGCGUACAGGAAUACCUAAAGUAUAUGUCAAACGAAACCUCCGAAGUGAUAGAGUUUAUCAACGGGUAUUCCAUUAUUUCCGACGAUACUAGAUCUGAAUUCACCAGCGGUGUUAUAAAUCUUAUUAUCGAAAAGAUAUCUCAGUCGAUGCGCUUAAGCCACAUGAAGUUCAUGAUCAACGUGAAAAGCUUCAGUUUCGUUGAUAGAGACGAUGUAGCUAAGGUUCUCAUUGGCCUUAACGACAAAAUAAAAAAAAUCGGCGCUUAUGUUGCCAAUUUGGAAAGAUACAAAUAUAUGUUUCUAAGAGGACUGAAAAUUUACGAUCAUAAAAAUAUGUUUGUAACUCAAAAUGUUGACAUACAGAAUACAAAACAUUUAGGUUACAAAGUUGUCAAAAACGAUCUUGAUAACCCACCAAUAAUCCAACUGAUUUAAUGUUGGGUGAGUAUUUUUUUACCAUUAUUACAAUGUGUA